AUGAGCACCAUGCGCCUGCUGACCCUCGCUCUGCUUUUCUCCUGCUCUUUCGCCCGCGCCGCCUGCGACCCCAAGAUCGUCAACAUCGGCGCCGUGCUGAGCACGCGCAAGCACGAACAGAUGUUCCGUGAGGCCGUGAACCAGGCCAACAAGCGACAUGGUUCCUGGAAGAUCCAGCUCAACGCCACCUCUGUCACCCACAAGCCCAACGCCAUCCAAAUGGCCCUGUCGGUGUGCGAGGACCUCAUCUCCAGCCAGGUCUAUGCCAUUCUAGUUAGCCACCCACCUACCCCCAAUGACCACUUCACACCCACCCCAGUCUCCUAUACGGCCGGCUUCUACCGCAUCCCUGUCUUGGGCCUGACUACCCGCAUGUCCAUCUACUCUGACAAGCCAUUUCAGAGACGAGGCCUGGAAGCCCUCCUCAGAGCAGAGGAGGCUGCGAGCAGAGCAGGGGACCGGCGGGGGCGGGGACGUCGGGUCCGCGGCCUCCUCAGCAGCCCCUGCGCCCCGCAGAGCAUCCACCUGAGUUUCCUGCGCACCGUGCCGCCCUACUCCCACCAGUCCAGCGUCUGGUUCGAGAUGAUGCGCGUGUACAGCUGGAACCACAUCAUCCUGCUGGUCAGCGACGACCACGAGGGCCGGGCGGCGCAGAAGCGCCUGGAGACGCUGCUGGAGGAGCGCGAGUCCAAGGCUGAGAAGGUGCUACAGUUUGACCCGGGGACCAAGAAUGUGACAGCCCUGCUGAUGGAGGCGCGGGAGUUGGAGGCGCGGGUCAUCAUCCUCUCUGCCAGGGUGCUGAUGUCUUCCAAGUAUGCGGAUGGAGUGACUGGCCGCGUGGAGUUUAAUGAGGACGGAGACCGGAAGUUUGCCAACUACAGCAUCAUGAACCUGCAGAACCGCAAGCUGGUGCAAGUGGGCAUUUACAAUGGCACCCAUGUCAUCCCCAAUGACAGGAAGAUCAUCUGGCCAGGCGGAGAGACAGAGAAGCCUCGAGGGUACCAGAUGUCCACGAGACUAAAGAUCGUGACGAUCCACCAGGAACCCUUCGUAUAUGUCAAGCCCACGCUGAGUGACGGGACGUGCAAGGAAGAGUUCACUGUCAAUGGGGACCCGGUCAAGAAGGUGAUCUGCACGGGUCCCAAUGACACCUCGCCAGGCAGCCCGCGCCACACCGUUCCUCAGUGCUGCUAUGGCUUCUGCAUUGACCUGCUCAUCAAGCUUGCACGGACCAUGAACUUCACCUACGAAGUGCACCUGGUUGCUGACGGCAAGUUCGGCACCCAGGAGCGGGUGAACAACAGCAACAAGAAGGAGUGGAACGGGAUGAUGGGCGAGCUGCUCAGUGGGCAGGCAGACAUGAUCGUCGCACCACUGACCAUCAACAACGAGCGUGCUCAGUACAUCGAAUUCUCCAAGCCCUUCAAAUACCAGGGCUUGACCAUUCUGGUUAAGAAGGAGAUCCCGCGCAGCACACUGGACUCGUUCAUGCAACCAUUUCAGAGCACGCUGUGGCUGCUGGUGGGGCUGUCGGUGCAUGUGGUGGCUGUGAUGCUGUACCUGCUGGACCGCUUCAGCCCCUUUGGCCGGUUCAAAGUGAAUAGUGAGGAAGAGGAGGAGGAUGCGCUGACCCUGUCCUCUGCCAUGUGGUUCUCCUGGGGUGUCCUGCUCAACUCUGGCAUUGGGGAAGGUGCCCCUCGAAGCUUCUCUGCGCGCAUCCUGGGCAUGGUGUGGGCUGGCUUCGCCAUGAUCAUUGUGGCUUCCUAUACUGCCAACCUGGCAGCUUUCCUGGUGCUGGACCGGCCCGAGGAGCGGAUCACGGGCAUCAAUGACCCACGGCUGAGGAACCCCUCGGACAAGUUCAUCUACGCCACUGUGAAGCAGAGCUCCGUGGACAUCUACUUCCGGCGGCAGGUGGAGCUGAGCACCAUGUACCGGCACAUGGAGAAGCACAACUACGAGAGCGCAGCUGAGGCCAUCCAGGCUGUGCGGGACAACAAGCUCCAUGCCUUCAUCUGGGACUCGGCGGUGCUGGAGUUCGAGGCUUCGCAGAAGUGUGACCUGGUGACCACAGGCGAGCUCUUCUUCCGCUCUGGCUUUGGCAUCGGCAUGCGCAAGGACAGCCCCUGGAAGCAGAAUGUCUCCCUGUCCAUCCUCAAGUCCCAUGAGAACGGCUUCAUGGAAGACCUGGACAAGACGUGGGUCCGGUACCAGGAAUGUGACUCACGUAGCAAUGCCCCUGCAACCCUCACCUUCGAGAACAUGGCAGGGGUCUUUAUGCUGGUGGCUGGGGGCAUCGUGGCUGGCAUCUUCCUGAUUUUCAUUGAGAUCGCCUACAAGCGCCACAAGGAUGCGCGCCGCAAGCAGAUGCAGCUGGCCUUCGCAGCGGUGAACGUGUGGAGGAAGAACCUGCAGGAUAGAAAGAGUGGUAGAGCAGAGCCCGACCCUAAAAAGAAAGCCACAUUUAGGGCUAUCACCUCCACCCUGGCCUCCAGCUUCAAGAGACGUAGGUCCUCCAAAGACACGCAGUACCAUCCCACUGAUAUCACGGGCCCGCUCAACCUCUCAGAUCCCUCGGUCAGCACCGUGGUGUGAGGCCCCCCGGA